CUUCUCAACAUCUCUGGAUCUGGUCUGUAAAGCGGAAGAAUUAUAAAUCAAUCCAAUUUUAUUGGUCACAUACUUGUGUUUAGCAGAUGUUAUAGCGGGUGUAGCGAAAUGCUUGUAACACAUUGACUACUUCGGAGGUUGCAUUGCUGUAAAUGCUGCAUGGUUCGCAGCACGUAUAGCUUGUAAUUUGUCUGGUAUUUUUGUACGCUACACUUACUGGGCCUCAGACAAUUAAAACUACCUGGAAUCUCGGAAGAGGACGUUGUUCCAACAGACUCUGGGUUAGAGAAACGCUGAAGAAAGAAUAGCUUCCACGAUGAAUCGGGACAGAGCUGGUCCGUCCCCCUCCACCCUGCCAGAGUCCCCGGGUUGCAACUCUCCCGGUAGCGCCUUACUGCUGGGUCUGAAGAGGGUGGCUUCAUUGCUGAUCGACUGCAGGAAAACACCAGGGCAGAGUGGAUCUUCGAGAGGUGGACACGAGGAAAAUGGAGAUUUGAUUUCAUCAAGGGACACACCUAAACGUGGUUAUCUCGGUGGGAGGGGCUUAUCUGCUCACCUUCAACCACAUGUUGCUGACGAGGCAGAGAAGUGUCUCUCCAGAUCAGAACACUUCAAGAAACACCAGCAGAGAUGUAUAGGGAAGAAACCUCAACACUGCUGCUCUGAUUGUGGGAAGAAUUUCACUAGCCGGAGUUGCUUCAUUAUUCACCAGCGGAUUCACACCGGCGAGAGACCGUAUUUCUGCUCUCAGUGUGGGAAGAGGCACAUCUCUGCAGGGCGUCUUAAAGAACACCAAAGAAUCCAUACAGGAGAGAAACCUUACAGAUGCUCACAGUGUGGGAAGAGUUUUGCUCUAUCUGGCACCUUAAAAUCUCAUCUGAGAAUACAUACAGGAGAGAAACCCUACUGCUGCUCUCAGUGUGGGAGGAGUUUUACUGUAUCUACCGCCUUAAAAUCUCACCUGAGAGUCCAUACAGGAGAGAAACCGUACUGCUGCUUUCAGUGUGGGAAGGGUUUUGCUGUAUCUAGUGCCUUAAAAUCGCAUUUGAUAAUUCAUACUGGCGAGAGGCCUUACCCCUGCCUUUGUUGUGGGAAAAGCUUUGUUAGUGCAGGAAACCUAACUGUACACAAGCGGAUACACACUGGAGAGAGGCCUUAUAGCUGUGAUCAGUGUGGGAAGAGCUUUGCUCUAGCUUCCGUUCUGACUUCACACCGGCACAUACACACUGGAAAGAAACCUUAUAGCUGUGAACAGUGUGGGAAGAGCUUUGCCGUAGCUUCCUCCCUGACGAGACACCAGCGAACACACACUGGAGAGAAACCUUAUGUUUGUCUUUGUGGAAAGAGCUUUGCUCAGUUAGGGACAAUGAAAAGUCACCAGAAAACAAAAACGUGCCGUAUUUCAUCUCCAUCCUAUACGGCACCUGUUCCAAAUCCCUAAAUAAACUAUCAACAAAAAACUUCUAGUGAACAGGCAUAUCCCAUCUCCCAUUGUUAAACAGUUGACUUAGUUUGAUCACCAUGGUAACCUGGAGCAUAACAUGCAGCUCUGAUCUAGCAUCAGGUCUCCCCUGUGUCUGUAAUUUCACACAAUGGGAUUUAAAUGGAUAAAUGUUAUCAUAGAAGAUGUCAUAGUCAACCUGUGUGUGUGUGUGUGUGCUCAUAAAACUAAUCAAUGAUGCAUUGGAUAAUCGGUCAAGGCAAGAACUAUGCAUAUCGUCUUGUAACACCGGUUAAUGUAAUAACUUUUAGAUGUGUAAUGUAAUAUCUUGUACCCCAGAAAUUGAACGUAAAUCACAGAAAAUAGAUGCUGUGGUGGCAGUUGCAGAGACUUAUUUGGCUAUAUGAGAUUUGGCUUCAGAAGAGUUGCAUGGUGUGUUGAAGGGUGGUGUCCCGUCCUCCCAGGCUGUAGGGGUGGUGCAGGAGCAGAUCGGGUCAAAGUAGUGGAAUGGGGUAGUGGGUUUUUAAUGUGAAGGUGGCAGCUGCUGAGAAGUACCUGGUUGUACAAUAUUGUACUGCAGGAGAGUUAAUAGAUGUUUUGAGAAGGAAAUAUAUAUGAACUCAGCAAAAAAUGAAACGUCCUCACACUGUCAACUGCGUUUAUUUUCAGCAAACUUAACAUGUGUAAAUAUUUGUAUGAACGUAAGAUAAACAGAGACAUAAACUGAACAAGUUCCACA